GUUCUAGACUAUAAAUAUGAGUGCAAAAAUAUUGUUGUACUUUGAGUGCUACUGUAUAUUAGAGUGUCUUAUAAGGAGUGUCUUUACAGAUCGUACGGAAUGUAAGUAGAAUUGGUUAGUUUGAUUGAUUGUUAUUGUAAAAGAUUGUUUCAAUACACGAAGAUUAGAGAAACAGAAUUAGAGAAUCAAGAUUUUUUACAAAGUUUGAAAAAAUAACAAUCCGGUGGAUAUCGUUGUCUGCAUGCAUAGCCUUCGUAUAACCAGGCCCUGAUGGUUAAGCAAACAAAAACUAUCGUAAAUAUACGAAAAUAUAUAUGGGGGUAUGAAUGCUCAGUCAAGAACGCGUUAAGAUUCAAAGCGAGCUCGCAGUCGCUUAAUUUUGUUAGUCAAGAACGCGUUAAGAUUCAAAGCGAGCUCGCAUGCAGUCGCUUAAUUUUGUUGUCAGUUAUAAUAAUAAUAAUGCUAACUGCAUGAUUCAAGUAAUCAAAAUAAUAGUUUGUUAGUUGGACUGGAAAACAAGUAUAAGAAAAAGAGAAAGUGGCCAAAAAAGUUGAAAAGGAUCAGCGGGCGCGGGGGACGCGCGAAAACCUUUUUCACCAGGCCUAAUCUGAUAUGAAUGCACUAUUUACCAUCUUGUUCUUUUCAGUUUGCGAAAUCUAGAAUCAAAUAUGAGAAUUUAUUUUGUUUUGUGCUUCGCCUUGGUUGCCUUCACCCAAACUCAACUUGGACUCGCCGGUCCUCCCGGCCCUCGUGGACGGAGUGGGGCUCUUGGCCCAAAAGGAGACCCACCUCCUUAUUGUCGAGUAAGCUCGAAGAUCACAGAUUUUCUGAAGCAAUUUCGUUCCACCAGCCUCAAAGGAGCAAGUGGUAAAAAGGGCAGUGCUGGUUCAACAUCGAGUCUGGUGAGUUAUGCCGAAGUUCACAUACUUAUGAAAAUGAAUAUUGAUGGUUCAAACAUUGCGUUAGACUGUUCUGCUUUUUGUUAAGUAGAAUAAAUGUCAACAGUCUUGUGAGUAAUUUUGAGUAAAGUCCACGGCAAAAUUUUCAGUUUUUAAUAAGUCGGGCAAAAUGCAAGAAAGUUGGGCAAGUGUCAUUCUAGGGCGCCCCUUACUCUUUUCGCUCCCGUACCCCUAUAUGAAUUGAGUUCAUCUAACAAAAGUAAUUUAAAGUGGGCGAAAACAUGAAAAGUAAUUUAUAUAUCUUUUUCUACACUACAGAAUUACAAGUGGAUUUAUAACUGCCUACACGCAGGUAUUAACUUCCAACAGCGUAUCUUCGAGGUACCUGUAUAUGAAUGUUGUCAACAGUGCGAAUUACCUGACUUCUCUGACUGUAUGCGGAGAUAUAGCGGGGCCGUGGCACAGUGUAAUAGCGAGGCCUUACGAUGUAUAGCACGUUGUAUCAACAAUAAGGGACCAACGGCUGGACAGCCCGGACCUCCCGGUCCCCCUGGACCAAGGAAAUGUCCCGUGAAGCGCAAGAAAGUGCUGGGAGGUUCUGACUGCCUUGAACGAUCUUGUGUGAAAAUCUAAAGUCAUUUCAUAUUACGAAGUUCGUCCGAAGAUUUGGUUAAAAAACACUAUUAAGAAUUUACUUAUUUGUAGGACUGAAGACUAGAUAUAUGAUAAUAUUUACAAUUAGAACUAGUUACAAUUUACCAUUGUAUGUUAGUUUAAAAUUCGCUCUUUAAAACUGAGCCAGCACUUUUAAAUACAUUACAUGGCAGUAUAGUAUACCUUGUCUAUUCUUUCUAUUCGAUCGUGUUGCUUCAUGAAUGUUCCUGUCCAUCACUGUAUUCUGAAGAAUGAAAGAAAAUUAGUAUUCGAUUUAAGUAACUCUGUCAGUUCUGAGCUGUUCAUGCUGGAAGUCCAGUUUUAUAUAAAGAGUCACAAUUUAUACGUAAUC